UCCACCUUCUAGAAGGGCCGGUUGACGAGGAGACCGACGUUGCACCGUCUCGCACCAUCUCGAUGACGUCGCCGCGACACCGCCUGCUCCCGCCGUGCCGCGCCUGCUGCCGCCCUGCUCGCUACGCCCGCGGCCACCACUACGCCCCGUAGCCUAGACUCCCGCGUGGUGCCAUCAGCCCGCACACACCCCUCCGCAAGGAGAAAAAUUCAUGUUUACAAGCCCACCCCAAGCAAUCACCAAACUACAUCCAACCCCAUCCCACCACCACCGGCACUCGUCUUCUUAGUCCUCGUCGCCCCAGCCGUCCUCCUCCACUCCCACUUGUGUUCUGAUUGGCUGCGCGAAACAAUAGACUCCCACACCUCCUAGCCGAGCCAGAAAACAUCCCGACAACCGUCACCAGAGUGGUCCAUCUGCGUCCUCUUCAUCCGUUGUUCUGCCACUGUGGUCCCCGUCGUCGUCGCCCAUGUCAAUAGCCCCACAAUGAUCCAGGUGGAAACUACGACACAUCCAGACAUCUUGGCCUACAAGGACUCCAAAACCAGUGGGGGCUCCACAGCCACCAAUCUUCAUACCCUCAUGUCCUCCAGCACCACGUCGCUCAUCAAGGGCCCUAGCAAGUCCAGCCUCCCGCCGUUCCAGGAUCACCAUGAAAACCAGUCCAGUGACCCUUCCAACCACCCUCACAAUGCCCCCUCGACACCGACCUCGUUCAAGGUGUCCCGCUCCGAUGCAUCCUACGUCACCAACGACACCUCGCCCUCGUCCAUCGAGGACGCCGUCCAGAACGAGGUGUCGUCGUCCACGGCUCCAGCUACAGAAAUCUGUGACGACACCUCCUACCGAGUUUCGUCCACCAUCAGCCCCCACCACCAGGAUGAUCCCUUGCAUGUCCCAACCACCUCCGCUACCACUACCCCAAAACUUCACUCCGUGCCUAGGUUCCUGGCUUCCUCAGACAAUGCAUUGGUGUCCACCAACUCGGCACGUAGACACACGGCUCCUCAUCCCUUGGACAGCGGCAACUACUUUGCUCAAAUCCAUGACACUGCCGACCUCCAGCCGGCCCGCCACUCGUUCCAGUCAUCUCGCCCCAAUCCUCCCAUGGCAAGGAGCACAUUUCCAGCAUAUAGAGGUGCUAGUGACUCGUUUGGUAUGAAGCCUGACACUACCAGCUCAGAGAUCUUGCGCAUGCGGAACUCGAUCUUGAUGAAAAGAAGCUUGAAGAAGAAAAGAAGAGAGCUUUUGGAAGAUGAAAGAGUGCUCGUUGGGAACAAGAUCAGCGAGGGCCAUGAAAACUUCGUCAUGGCUUACAACAUGUUGACAGGUAUCAGAGUAGCGGUCUCUAGAUGUUCAGGUGUGAUGAUGAAGCUCAAAGAUGAAGACUUUUCAAAGACCAAAAAAUUGUCGUUUAAAAUGGACGGAAGUGAAUUAACACCCUCUUCCAAAUACGAUUUCAAGUUCAAAGACUACUGCCCGGAAGUGUUUAGAGAAUUAAGAUCUUGUUUUGGUUUAGACCCAGCAGAUUAUUUGGUUUCCAUUACUGGGAAAUACAUCCUCUCGGAGCUUGGGUCUCCUGGUAAAAGUGGGUCAUUUUUCUACUAUUCGAGAGAUUUCAGAUUCAUCAUCAAAACUAUCCAUCAUGCAGAGCAUAAACAGCUUAGAAGGAUCUUGAAGGAUUACUACAAUCAUGUCAAAGAAAAUCCAAACACAUUGGUUUCACAAUUUUAUGGAUUGCAUAGAGUGAAGAUGCCAACCAGGUUCGGGGUGAAGAAAGUACAUUUUGUUGUGAUGAACAACUUGUUCCCGCCCCAUCGUGACAUUCACGUCAAAUACGAUUUAAAAGGUUCUACCUGGGGUAGAAUCACCAGGUUGUCACCAGAAGAAUCAAAAGACUUGUCGCAAGUCACCUUGAAGGAUAUGAAUUGGCUCGAGGGCAAAAACCCUAUCAAAUUUGGUCCAGAUAAAAGAAAAGUGUUUUUCAAGCAGUUAGAAGCAGAUGUGAAAUUAUUGAAAAAGAUAAACGUCAUGGACUACUCGUUAUUGUUGGGGAUCCACGAUGUUAAACAAGGAAACACCAGCGAUUUGACGCAAAAGUUGUCUGUUUUUGACCCCAAGUCGUCGGAUAAAUCUGACUUGAUCAAAACUAAUCCAAGAGAUAUCGACAGGGAAAACGAUUUGCCAACUAACGUGUUUCCAGGCAGGUCGAAGUAUGUAUUUUACGGUCACGAUGGUGGAAUUCGGGCCACGAAUGAGGACAACGAGCCACUAUCGGAGAUAUACUAUUUGGGUAUCAUUGACUGCUUAACCAACUACGGUAUGAAGAAAAGGCUAGAAACCUUUGUCAGAUCUCUUGGCCAUGCCAGAAGUACCAUUUCGGCUGUGCCGGCCCAAGAAUACGGCAACCGUUUCCUCAAAUUCAUCAAAGACGGAACCGUCAACAUCAAGCGCAAGCUUGCCUAAUACCCGUUCUUCGCACCUAACUGUCAUUUUCUUCACUUCGUUUGUUUCCAUCUUUCUUCUACUACUUAAUUUAGCUCGCAGCUAUCUACCGUGCACUCUAGACUAUUUUUGUUCGUUGUUGAAUAAUAACUGAUGAACUAUAUAGCAAUAUAUUUCUAGGCAUUUAAUAGGCUUUGAAUCGGAUGUCUCGGCUUCGGGGCUUUAGCCGACUUCUGGAUAUGUAA